AUGUUUCUGCAUAUCAAACACUUCGAGUGCGCUUCACGAUCUUUAAGCCAUUUAACAAGGAUACGUAUGAGUCAUACAUGUUACCGAUUAUAUUCUCUGCGGCAUGCUAAUUUAGGCACGAUGACAGAGUAUCUUACAAAGAAAGGGGUCCCGAAUUUUCUACAGGAGCCCUUCGAAGAUUCAAUAAUAGACAAAAACAUCAAGCUAAGGCUGCUGCCAACGACACAUCCCUAUUUUCCCGUAUUAAGUGGUAAAACGAAGUACAAGGCGUCCAUUAAUGCCAUUAGACUUCUUACAAAUAAACUAAUACUAACCAGGAGAAGCCAACUACUCAUAACUUCGGUGCUAACACUGUUAAGAGACGACAAAGAUAGUUUGGCCAAGCAGAAGCAGUUUAAUUGCUGUACGAAGAACGAUAAAUUGGUUAUUAAUUGGCAAAGUUGUUCCUCGAAAGAGGAAUGUGAGAAGCCAAUAAGAAAUCAAAAAGGUAGAGUGACCCCUUUUCCAACAAUGAAAGAUUCGAAGCCUCCAUUCCUAGACUUUGUAUUCCAUCCUUCUUCAAAAUCCGUUUCCGGAGAUGCUGUAUCUGCUCAAGUCGAUUCUCUGAAUCCGUAUGAAACAAAUGACAGUAAAAAUUCCAGGAUUAUAAAGGGUGUCUUCAUUUUUGAAUUCAAUGAUGACAAUUCCCAUAUCCUUGCACAUACAUUUGAAGACAUUCAAAUGAUAGACUUUGAGAAGAAGGUGCCUACUGGGGCCUUAGCAUGUUAG